GAAGCUGUCUUUUUAGCUGUGACGUUUUGACGCUGCUGUCUCUCGUCGCUCCUGGGUCUGUUUACAGAUGCAACUCUUCAGAGAAAUGUGAUACAACGACCUGGAUUUAAUCACUUUAAUCCAUCAUAGAUUGAACCUGUUCAUGUUUGGCGUGCAGCAUGAAGCUGCGAGUUCGGAUCCGGCGGCAGACCAGCAGGGUGGAGUUACCGGGAGAAGACCCGAGCCUGAGCCAGCUCACAGACCUCAUCAAGGAGACGCUUUUGUCUUCUCACGGACUCAGUGCAGACACACAGUUCAGUUUGUCGCUGAACGGCUCGGAGCUCCUGUCCGACUCCGGCGAGACUCUGUCGUCCUGCGGCAUCGUGUCUGGGGAUCUGAUCUGCGUCAUCCUGCCUGAGUCGGCAGCCGACGCCUCCACCGGCUCCACCAAUGGGACGACCGGCAGUGGCACGGAGGCCCAGAGGCAGCAGAACCAACGGAACGGACAGAACCAACAGACUGCUGCCGUGCCAUCCAACCAGCCGACAGGCAGCAGCAGGCCUGCAGAAGCUCUUACACAGACUCAGGACUCUCCCGAGGUCUUGGACUCUGGACCGUCUGGACCGCCUGCACCGUCGGAGCCCAGCUGGGAGCCAAUGCUGUGCAGCGAGGCGGAGGACGGCCAGGCUCCUCUCUCCCUGGAGCUCCUCCACCACUCGGCAAAGACCAGCAGUCCCAGCGACGCCGUCAUGGUGGCCGGACACCUGCUGAUGCUCGAAACGGGCUUCGCUCUGCAGGGCUGUGAGCUGAAGGCCGGGGAGAUGCCUGCAGGCUGGAACGCAGCGGCCGGAGUCUACCGGCUGCAGUACUCUCACCCUCUGUGUGACAACAGCGUCGCCAUGGUGGUGGCCGUGUGCAUGGGCCCCGUGCUCGUCAUCAACGCGACUCUGAAGGUGAACGAAACCGUCGACACGGUCCGGAAACUGUGUCUGAAUCCGUCCAGCUUCGUGACCCACGAGUGGCCAGGAGAAAGUGCAGCUGCAGCUUACAGAGAUCUGAAGAAACUGUCCCGAAUCUUCAAAGACCAGCUGGCGUACCCGCUGAUCGCCGCCGCCAGAGAAGCGAUGGCUCUGCCGGUGGCGUUCGGUCUGGCUGCUCUUCCUCCGGAGCUGCUCCUCCGAGUCCUGCGGCUGCUGGAUGUCCGCUCCGUGGUCAGACUGUCGUCGACCUGCCGACACCUGAGCGUCUGCUCGGCCGACUCCUCGCUGUGGAGACACCUGUACCUGCGCGACUUCACAGAUCGAGAUCUCAGCCGGUCCAGAGACACAGACUGGAGAGAGCUGUACAAAAGGUUCCAUAAGCUUCGCUGUGAGCUCCGCCACGUGACCCGCCACCGCUCGCUCCCCGUGCCCGUCCCGUACCACCCCCUCCACCACCCGCUGCCCGUCCCGCUGCACCCCCCGGUGCCCGGCAUCAUCGGGGGGGAGUACGACCAGUGGCCGGGCCUCCCCCGCGCCCUCCUCCCUCGCCCCCGCUACGACCCCAUCGGCCCGCCGCGAGAUCCCGACGGACGGCUCCCCAGAGUGCGGCCGACUGCGGGACGUCCCGCAGACAUCCGGCGAGGAUUCAUCUGAGCCACGUUGGUUUCUUCUCUUCUCUUCUUUUUCUUCUGCAAUAAAAACAACAACACAACCCAACGCCAACA